UCGAGAGCAGAUCGAUUAGUUUCCAUCAGUUCUUGUCCAAGUCAACAUGGAAUCGUUCAAAGUUUUUAGAUACGUUCUAUUGGGUUGCGUUUUACACUGUCUGCUGAUGCCGGGCAACGCAAAUGUGUACUAUUCACAGGAUCGUAUCCUGUCGUCUAAACUGGAUCAGCUGCAGGAUAAAAUCAUGGAACAAAUUGAAGCUCGAUUGAUCGCUAUGCAAGAGAGAAUGGAACGUAAGUUCGGUCAGCAUAUGGUAGCAUUGCAGCGAUCCGAGAAUGCUAAGUGGCUUGACUUAGACGAUAAGAUUCUCGUUCUAAAGGAAGCCAUCAACCAGAAUUCCGGUGCCUACUUUGAAUCAUGCCGCGGAGUUCCGUCGGAAUUCAGCAACGUUUUCAUGAUUCGCCCGCCGGUGGCCAAUACGCUUCCUUUUCUGGCCUACUGCGAACAAAAUUUCCUCGGUGGAAGUUGGAUCGUGAUCCAAAGGCGUUAUGAUGGGUUGUUGGACUUCAAUCGUAACUGGUUGGAGUACAAGGAAGGAUUUGGAGAUCCUGAAGGAGAACACUGGAUGGGGCUGGAUAAGAUCCAUAAGAUAACUCGAUCGGGUGAUCACGAGUUGCUGAUCGUGCUGAAAGACUUUGACGGAAUGGUGAAGAUGGCUCUUUACGAUCGAUUUGAUGUGGACAAUGAAGGAGCAAAGUACAAGCUUUCGAUUGGAAAAUUCGUUCAUGGUGACGCCGGGGAUUCACUGAGCAUGACCAGCGGAGUUCGUUUCUCAGAUAAUGAUCAACAAUCGGUUGGAUCUUGCGCGGAGUAUUACCAAAGCGGAUGGUGGUUCAAAAAUUGCAUGAAUGCAAAUUUGAAUGGCCUCUAUCGUAAAACUGACGAAAAAAACAAGACUAUGAACUGGUUCACCUUCCGGAAUGAUUUGCAAGGACUAAAGGAAGCAACGAUGAUGAUCCGUGAAAAAGUUACCUUCGUGAAAAACUAACCUGAAAUGUUCCUUUGCAUGAGAACCUAACAUGGAACAUCAUUGUUUGAAAUAAAUUUCCAAAGCACUCGCUUCCGUACGAA